AUGAGUAGCCAAGGAAGAGGUGGAGGUCGAGGUCUUGAGCAAGGUCGCGCAGAACCGCAAGUGAAGGUUGCAGAGGAUCCCUGGGUAGAUGGGAUUUUGAGGGCACUCGAGGAAGCGGGAAUACGGAUGGAUAGGCAGACCCAGGAGAGAAAUGCCACUGUUGCCGCUACUGUUGAGGCCGCCGUUGCUGCUACCAGUGGGGCCAAUGGGAAUAACAGGAAUCAGGGGAAUAAUGGGAAUCCAACUCCGGGACCGGCAAAUGUGAUCAGGCCGAUAUCUAAGUUGGUCGAACAGUUCUUGAAGUUAAAACCGCCGAAGUUCAACGGAAAGGGUGACCCCGAGGCUGCACCGCGUUGGGUAGAAGAAUUAGAGAAAGCCUUCGAAGUUCUGGGGUGCACUGAGACUGAAAGGGUGACUUUGGCUAUAUACCAACUGCAGGAUAAUGCAAAUGGCUGGUGGAAGGCCACCAAGGGCAGAAGUGCCCAGAAAAGGAAACUGGCGGAAUUUAUGAGACUUCGCCAAGGAUCAAUGACUGUGGAUCAAUAUGAAGCGGAGUUCGCUAGAUUGUCGAAGUUUGCACCUAGGAUGGUGGAGAACCCGCAGGAUAAGGUUCGGAGAUUUCGGGACAAAUUGAAGCCGGAUCUUCGAAGCCAUAUGAUUUCUUUGAAUAUUCGGGACUACGGGGAGAUGUAUGAACGGGCUCAAGCCAUAGAACGAGAUCAGUUGGAAAGGGCAGCCACUUCUGGAUCGCGAUUCGCCCAGAAUAGGGGCAACCGCCGCUUCGGGAAGAAGCCGAUGGCGGGAAACAGGCGAUUCGUCCCACCGAUUAGAAAGAAUAUCGGAAAACCGAACCACCAGCAGAAUAGAUUUGGGGCUUGUUUCAAGUGUGGGAGUUUGGAGCAUCAAAUCAGGAAUUGCCCCCAGCAACGCCCAGCAGGUCCACCGAUGCAACCACAACAGCCCCGAGUUGGGAAUCAGGCUGGGAAUCCCCCGCCGGCUAAUCUGAACAGGCCGCCGGCAUAA